UCUUAUUCAAUAUCGUCGGCUUCUCACUUCUUUUCUUACUUCAAUUCAACUUGCCCAAAAUAACUAUUAUCCUCAUUUCAAUUUGUUUAUCCUAUGUUCAUACGAAUUACUAUAAUAAUCGAUAUCCUAUCGAUGUUAGUAUUGAACUUCUAUAUAUAGAUCCUCUUUCAAUGGCUAUUGCCCAGAUACCAAAAAUAUCCAUGGAUCCAAAAAAUGGCUAUUGCCCAGAUACCAAAAUUUUCAAGAGCUUAAGACCAUCUGUUCCAUUGCCGCCAUUAACGGAGCCUCUUUCUAUCGUCCAAUACGCCCUCUCUCUCCUCAACUCUCCGACCACCGGAAUCAAUCUUAGUGCCACUACUUUCCUCGUUGACGCCGAUACCGGUCACCGCUUAUCUUACGCCGAUUUUCUUAGCCAGACUCAAAAUCUCGCUGCUUCUAUACAAGCUCGUUACCCUUCACUUUCACAAAACGAUGUCGCUUUUGUUCUCUCUCCUACUUCAAUUCAUGUUCCAGUUGUAUUCUUCGCACUCCUCUCCCUAGGCGUUGUCGUUUCCCCGGCUAAUCCGCUCUCUUCUUCUUCCGAGUUAACUCAUAUGGUUCAGCUAUGUAAACCCCUCAUUGCUUUCGCUACUUCCUCCACUGUUGGUAAACUUCCUUCUUCGCUAUUUCCUCUCGGUACCAUUCUACUCGAUUCGCCUGAAUUUCGGAAAAUGAUUCAAAUCCCUGUUUCUAAUCCCAUCUCUUACCCAAUCAUUUACCAGUCCGAUUCGGCAGCGAUUCUCUACUCGUCUGGAACUACGGGGAAAGUAAAAGGUGUAGAGUUAACUCACCGGAAUUUAAUCGCGUUAAUCGCUAGUUUGUUCUACAGCAGAUUCAAUGAUAAUGCCGCUGAUGAAGGUGAAAUCACGGAGCAAGCGGUCGCUUUUAUGACGUUGCCGUUGUUUCACGUGUUUGGAUUUUUUAUGCUGAUUAGGUUAGCGAGUAUGGGUGAAACGAUGGUGAUGACGGCGAGAUUUGAUUUCGAGAAGAUGUUAGCGGCGGUGGAGAAGUACAGAGUUACGUACAUGCCGGUGUCGCCGCCACUGGUGGUGGCAAUGGCGAAGUCGGAUUUGGCAUUGAAAUAUGAUCUCAGCUCACUACAACUGCUAGCCUGCGGCGGAGCGCCGCUGGGGAAGGAGGUGGCAGAGCGGUUCAAGAGCAGGUUUCCUAACGUGGAUAUUUUGCAGGGAUAUGGUCUGACUGAGACUACUGGAGGAGCAACAGGGAUGAAUGGCCCUGAGGAAUCAAACCAGUAUGGAUCUGCUGGUCGCCUUGGUGUGAAUGUGGAAGCUAAGAUUGUUGAUCCUGAAAGUGGAAAGACCUUGCCUCCUGGACAGCGUGGAGAGCUCUGGUUACGUGCUCCAACAAUCAUGAAAGGCUAUGUUGGAGAUAAACAAGCUACCUCAUCAACACUUGAUCCAGAAGGUUGGCUGAAAACUGGUGAUCUCUGCUAUUUUGAUGCGGAUGGGUUUCUAUAUGUUGUUGAUAGGUUAAAAGAACUGAUAAAGUACAAGGCAUAUCAGGUACCCCCUGCCGAGCUUGAACAUUUACUUCAGUCAAUUCCUGAUGUUGCUGAUGCAGCAGUUAUUCCAUAUCCUGAUGAAGAAGCAGGGGAGAUUCCUAUGGCUUACAUAGUCAGAAGACCUGGGAGCAUUAUUAGCGAGUCACAAAUUAUAGAUAUCAUUGCAAAACAGGUCUCACCAUACAAAAAGAUACGUCGCGUUGCAUUCAUCAACGCAAUACCAAAAUCUCCAGCUGGAAAGACCUUGAGAAGAGAACUCGUUAAUCAUGCGACUAAUGGUGCUUCUGCAAGAUUAUGACGGAACAAUUACAGAUAUCUGCAUAUGCUAAACUACCAGUUGAAUAUGAACGUACAGUAUGUUGUUUUAAGUCUUCUACAUCACCUUAUUUGCAGUAUAUUUUGCUAUGAAAAUCAUGGAGUUAAUAUCUUAAAAGGUCACUCAACUUUGAGAAUUUAUCUUCACUCAACUUUAACAUUUGUAUCAAUAAAAUCAUUUAACUAAAUUUA